AUGAAACCUCCUCCAGCUGGUAGCGUUGAUCCCAACAUUGAGGCAGCCAUGAAGGAAUUGGUUGACAGGUAUCGACCUGUCAGGCAAAGGACGGUAAGAAGUGAAUCAACAAAAGACAAAGCGGGAGCCCUGCCGCCGGCUGUAUAUUCCAAUACGUCAUCGUGUACUAGAGUAACAUUCCAAGAGGAUGUUCAAGACGAUCCAGGGACAGGCAAUAAAGAACGAGUCGACCAGGAUACAAAUAUUCCACGAGCUACAAACGAAGUACCGAGAAUCACCUUUGUUGACGAAAGCAUGCUCGGAAUUGUCGCAGUUGGUGACGUGACAGACCUGCUCGAGCAAGAGGAUGAAUUCGACACCGACUCGGAGAGCGAUGCGAACAAUGAUAUAGACAUAACGUUCAGCAGAUUUGGUCGCGCCACCCGCGCUCAUUUCCGCCUUGAUCUCUAG